GCGAGGGUCAGCGAGAUCAAGCGGCAGCGCGAGUCCUUGGACGAUGAGCUUCCGACGGUCAACGUGUCCCUUGCUAAAGGGCGUGAGGACCUGGCGCAGGCGCAGGAGCUGCUGUGCAAAGCCCAUGCCAGCGAGUUCGACGACCCGCUCAAAGCCGUGUCGGCAGGCCUCGCAUCGUCCGUCGUCGAGUCCACGGAGGGGAAGGCAGUGCUGGAGAAGCUUCAGGAGCUGCAGCGUGCAGCCGAGGAGGCGAAGCGCGGGAGUGGCGAGCACGUGGCAGCCAAUGACGGCGACGGGGUCGACAUCGACAUGAAGCUGCUGGGAGCUGGCGACUUCGAGCAGCGGACCGAGGAGCUCCGCAGAGCAGGAGAGGAGCUCAAG